AUGGCUCCCAACCGCAUUAUUAUUGACACCGAUCCUGGCGUUGACGAUGUUCUCGCAAUGCUGCUCGCAUUUUCCGCAAAGCCCGAAGAAUUACAAGUGUUAAUGCUUUCUAUAACUUUUGGAAAUGUCGAUGUGGAAAAUUGUCUGCGAAACAUCGUUACACUUUUCUAUUUUAUUGAAAAAGAGCGGGCAUGGAGAAGGGAGAAUGGAAAACCUGAAGGUUUUGAGACAUUGGUGGCUAGGAAACCAAUCGUUGCGAUAGGGGCGGAAGAACCGCUGGCGGAGCAGAUGAUGGUUGCAGAUUUCUUUCAUGGAAUCGACGGCCUUGGAGGAAUUCAUCACAGCCAUCCGCAUUUGAGUCCUGCAGAAACAUGGAGGUCUCUUUUCAAACCCACCCCCGAGUCCAUGUCCGCCGAGGAAGCCGCCGCUCUUCAACAAGUCAAAGACCAACAUUCGCUUUUCGUACCAUCGCUCAAACCUGCACAUGAAGAAAUGCUUCAGAUCCUCCGCGAAAAUGAACCAGAUACUAUUACCAUCGUAGCCAUCGGCCCUCUAACGAAUCUCGCCAUAGCAGCAGCAGCCGAUGCCGAGGCUUUCCUUCGCGUAAAAGAAGUCAUAGUUAUGGGCGGAGCUGUUGAAGUCCCUGGAAACCCUCCAAAUCUGUCUCGCAUUUACUCUGCAGAAGUCUUGUCUAUAUCUGCUCCGCGUUUCAAUUUGAUCAAGCAACCAGACACACUUUUACGACGAAUGCUAAAUCUCAGAAACCAGAUGACGCCUGGCGCGGAGUUCAAUAUGUAUGCUGAUAGCGUUGCGUCGGCGAGAGUGUUCGCUCUUACGAGUCCGAAUCCAAGAACAACGAUGCCCCCAACACUGUCCGGAAAGGGACAGCUACCACCUUAUCCGAAGAUUCUUUCGAAGCAGUUGAAGUUAAGGCUUUUCCCGCUUGAUAUAACAACCCCCCACCUCCUCCCCCAAUCCCUCUUUACCACCUACACAACCCCGCUCUCCACCUCCCCCCUCGCAAACUGGUCCACCGCGUUUCUAACUACCACCUACCAAAAAGUCUUCUCGCUCAAACCAUCCCAAGAUCCUACAAAACUGGGUCUUGAACUCCACGACCCGCUUACAAUAUGGUACUGUCUAACUUCCACCCAAGGCAAUCCCUUAGCCUCGCAGUGGAAGUUCAUCGCAGGCGAGGAUAUCCGCGUUGAGAGUUCGGGGCAGUGGACACGAGGAUGUUGUAUUGUCGAUCAGAGAGGGAAGGGGCCUAUGAAAGGGGAGGGGGAUGUGGAAGCUAUGGUUGUGGGGGAUGCGGGGGGUUGGUUGGAUGAGAGGAGGGGGAAUCGUGUAGAUAGAUGUGUGGGGAGUCCUGGGGUGGAGAGGUUUGCGGGAGAGUUAUUAGAGAGGAUUUUUGGGAGGGUCGGAUGA